AUGACAACUUCCCGCUUCACUGAUCCAAAAAAUUUCUCUAACUGUGACCUAAAAACCUCACCUUCUCUAUCCCGACCGUCUCAUUAUUCAUCAACGGGACAAUACCUAUUAGCUUCCCUAGGUCAAGAGCUUUCCAUAGAAUACCCACAUGACCACCUACUCCUGGAGGUUUUGUCCAGGAACUCAAAACCUAACCAAACUCUUGCCCAGGUAUGGCGCUCGGAUUCAGCGGACCUUGCAAUCGAGAUUCCUGGGAACUUGACCCAGCAAGGAACCUGGUACCGCCUGGACUACAGUCCGCCUGUGGGGGAGCCACCACCGAACACAAAAAUUCCCGCGGUGGACAUUGGAGAUGUGAUCAAGUUCCAGAAAGGAUUAGCUGGGACCAAAUACGAGUUCUGGUUAUAUUACAACAACGGUUCCUGGAACGACUGGCUGACCUGGACGGCGUCUAUCACGACAGCGCCUGACCCUCCAUCAAACCUGACAGUCCUGGUGAGGAACGGCAAGACGGCAGUGGUCUACUGGUCGCCUCCCGCCGAGGGAAAUUACUCUGGGUUCAGAAUGCGGGUACAGAGUUUCAACGACCUGGCGAACCCUCCGUCGACGACCAGGACCAGCGUGAUCUCCUCCGACGCCAUUCCGUACACAUUGCGAGACCUGACUCCUGGCGCCACCUACUCUCUCCAGCUGUUCACAGUCCUGGAGGCGAAGGAAAGCGUCGCUUACACCAGCAAGAACUUCACCACCAAGCCUAACACUCCGGGGAAGUUCAUCGUCUGGUUCAGGAAUGAGACCACCCUCCUGGUUCUCUGGCAGCCUCCGUACCCUGCUGGGAUCUACACCCACUACAAGGUCAGCAUUGAACCUCCAGAUGCUGUCGAGUCUGUUUUCUACGUAGAAAAAGAGGGAGAACCUCCAGGUCCUGCUCAGGCGGCCUUCAAAGACCUGGUUCCUGGUCGGGCGUACAAUAUUUCGGUCCAAACCGUGUCUGAGGACGAAACUUCGGCUCCUACCACGGCUCAGUACAGAACGGUUCCGUUGAGGCCGCUAAAUGUCACCUUUGACAGGUCUUCGAUCACCUCCAGUAGCUUCAGGGUCUUUUGGAGUCCUCCCAACGGCAGCUCGGAGUUUGACAAAUAUCAGGUUUCACUUGGGAACAAUCGGAGGGUUCCUACUGUUACGAGGAACAGGUAUGAAGAGGACAGCACUUCUUGGGAGUUCCAUGAUCUAGAGGCUGGCAAAACUUAUCAAAACCCAUCUAAGAUCUUGUUCUUUGGGAACAUUUUUAAGAUCGUUCCUUCAGAACUAAUCCAAGAUCUUGUUCCUAGAACCACAUUAACCUUAAAAUUUCUUCUUCAGGUCGUCGUAAAAACCGUCUCAGGCAAAGUGACCUCCUGGCCAGCAAGCGGUGACAUAACCUUAAAACCCCUUCCAGUUCGCGACCUGCGAGCGAGUAUCGACGAGCGAAUGCUAGAAGUAUCCUGGCGCCCCGACAACACAAGUAUCCAGGACAGUUACCGUCUCGAGUACCACGAAGUAGACACUGCAAGUUCCGGCGACAGCAACACCCUGACCAUCGAAAAGACCCGAGUAGUUCUGGAGGCGCUUCUGCCCGGCCGUAACUACACCAUAAUCGUCGCAGCAAUCUCCAACAAGGUCGAGAGCAACGAAACGGUGAUCUACCAGGUAACAAGACCCUCCAGCCCGAUUAUUGAAGACCUCAAGUCUAUCGAACGCGGGCUGAACAUCUCCUGGAAGUCUGACGUGAACUCCCGCCAGGAGAAGUUCGAGAUCACUCACACAAGAAACGACACCGGGGAAAGUGCCACGACUCUCACAACUGAGUCCCACAUUAUUCUCGAGGACCUUUACCCUGGAGCCGGGUACGAGGUCAAGGUCUUCGCUAUUAGCCACGGGUUGAAGAGCGAACCUCAUGAUUAUUUCCAGGCUGUGCUUCCGCACCCGCCUCAACAUCUCAGAAUUGACCGGGUUGAUUUAGGGAACAAGUCUGUUCUAGUUCGCUGGAGUCCUCCCAUUAACUCCCUCUUCUCUGAAUACUCCGUCAAGUUCCGAACUGACGACUCUACCUGGACAAGAUUGCCCAGUGUUCGCAGAACCGAGGCUGAAAUCUUGGAACUGACUCCUGGGGAACGAUAUGUCAUCCAAGUGAACACCGUCAGCUUUGGAGUAGAAAGUCUGUACCCACUCCAGGUGAACCACACAGUCGCUCCGAACCCAGUGACCAACAUCACUCCUAUCGUCGACUCAACCAACGUCACCCUGGAGUUCCCCAGGCCCCAAGGUAGAAUCGAGUUCUUCACCUUCACCUGGUCCGCGACCAGCGAUCCUGGAGAUGAUCUUGGAGUUAGAAGCAAGAACAUCUCUGGGCUAGAGGAGGAUCCUGAUAAGUUUGUCAUUGGGAACCUCAUUCCGGGGGUUGAGUAUGUCUUCUCCGUCGCGACGACUUCUCAUGAUCUGGUGAGCGAACUGACCAAUGUCACUGCGAGGACUAUGCCGUUGAUACAGUCAGAGGUGGUUAUUGUUGUUGAUCAGGAUGUUACUGAUGCUUUGGCUAUGAGGUACACCAGGACUCCGAUUCAGAUUUCAAGGUUCGACUUGUACCGUUUCCGAAUCAGUGACGACCUGAACACAACCACGGAGAAGCAAGUCGACGACCCUGACACCAAAGUGACCUUCUCAAACCUCAUUCCCGGUCGACUGUACAACGUGACUUUCUGGACAGUGAGCCAAGGAAUAUCAAGCCGUCCUUUGUUCCGUCAAGAUCGGUUGUACCCACUACCAAUAUCAGCUCUGCAAGAAGUCGAAGUGAACGCCACCUGGAUCAGCCUUUCCUGGGACAUUCCAGCCGGGGAGUUCGACGCCUUCGAGAUGCAGUUCAUAAACGGGGACAAGUUGGUGCAGAACAUAACCUCGACGAACCUCCUUGUGAUCCAGGACCUGCGACCCUGGCGGAACUACACCUUCACCCUGGUGGUCUGUUCCGGGUACUAUUCUAACCUCCACCUGAGAAGAAGCCACCCGGUCUCUGCCAGCUUCACCACCAGCGAGUCCUUCCCAGGGAGAGUCGAGAAGUUUGACCCGACUGACAUCCAGCCAAGUGACAUCAGCUUCCAGUGGUUCCUAUCUCCGACGGAGUUCAAUGGUGUCAUCACUAAGUUCACCAUCACCUAUCAGCUGGACGGCAGCAAGCACACGGGAGCUAAAGACUUCAAAGCUAAUGAGAACCAGGGCAUGAUCAAGGGACUCAUCCCCGGAAAGACUUACGCCUUCAGCAUCCAGGCCAAGACUAAGGUUGGGUACGGACCUGAGAACGUCUGGCGGCAGAAGAUGCCCAUUCUUGCUCCCCCGAAACCUCCCACCCAGGUUGUUCCUACUGAAGUUUGCAGAACCAGUUCCACAAUCCAGAUUAGGUUCAGGAAAAAUUACUUUAGUGAGCAGCAUGGAUCCGUAAUUGCCUACACGAUUAUUGUUGCUGAGGACGACAGUAAGAACGCUUCUGGGUUAGAAAUGCCAAGCUGGAAGGAUGUUCAGGCUUACAGCAUUUGGCCGCCUUAUCAGGUUAUGGAACCAUACUACCCAUUCAAGAACAGUUCCGUAGAAGAUUUCACGAUAGGAACUGAGAACUGCGAUGGUAAAGUGAUAGGCUACUGCAACGGACCCUUAAAAUCUGGAUCGACUUACCGAGUAAAAGUCCGAGCCUUCACUGCUCCGGAUAAAUUCACGGAUACUAGCUACAGCUUUGCUAUCCAGACCGACAAAGACAACACUGCAAUUAUCGUUGGAGUCACUGUUCCUAUUAUUCUUCUGCUGACCUUACUCGGAAUCGGGCUCUUUGUUAGGCGACAUCGGAACCAACUUAGGAAAAUUGCGGAACCAAGAGCUGGAGGUCCUUCGGAUAAUCUUUCACUUCCAGAUAGUGUCAUUGAAACAAGGUAUUUUUUUCAAUUUCGUUUCUUCAAAAUUGCACCUGAAUCUUGUUUCUAGAACAAUGUUCCUAGAACAGUGUUCUUAGAAUAAUGUUCCUAGAACAAUGUUCUUAUAAUAAUGUGUCCUAGAACAGUGUUCUUAGAAUAAUGUUCCUAGAACAGUAUUUCUAGAAUAAUGUUCCUAGUAUAGAGUUUCUAGAAUAGUUCCUAGAACAAUGUUCCUAGAACAGCAUCCCCGGAACAAUGUUCUCAGAACAAUGUCUAGAACAGCGUUCCUAGAACAAUGCCUAGAACGAUGUUCCUGGAACAAUGUUCCAAGAACCGUUCCGAAAUUUUUUUCCUAACUAACAAAACCCCUAUUUUCUUCCACAGCCGACCAGUAAGAAUAGAAAACUUCGCCGAACAUUACCGAAUAAUGUCAGCAGAUUCAGACUUCAGGUUCUCAGAAGAGUUUGAGGAGCUGAAGCACGUUGGCCGAGACCAGCCUUGCACAGCAGCAGAUCUUCCAUGCAAUCGGCCUAAAAACAGAUUUACGAACAUUUUACCUUACGACCACAGCCGGUUUAAGCUUCAACCGGUCGACGAUGAAGAGGGCUCUGACUAUAUAAACGCAAACUAUGUUCCGGGUCACAACUCGCCCCGAGAGUUCAUAGUCACCCAAGGGCCCUUACACUCGACUCGCGACGACUUCUGGCGGAUGGUCUGGGAAAGUAACAGCCGCGCCAUUGUCAUGCUGACCCGGUGCAUUGAAAAGGGCAGAGAGAAGUGCGACCACUACUGGCCUAUGGAUACUGGCCCGGUCUAUUACGGCGACAUCUCUGUUACUAUUCUCAACGAGACGCGGUAUCCUGACUGGAGUAUCACGGAGUUUAUGCUCUGUCGGGGUGAAGUAAAAAGAGUAAUCCAGCACUUCCAUUUUACAACAUGGCCGGACUUUGGUGUUCCAAGCCCUCCACAAACUUUAGCGCGGUUUGUCCGAGCCUUUAGAGAACGAGUACGUCCCGAUCAGCGACCAAUAGUCGUCCAUUGUAGCGCAGGAGUAGGCCGCAGCGGGACAUUCAUAACCCUAGACCGGAUUCUCCAGCAGAUCCAGGUCUCAGACUACGUCGAUAUCUUCGGUAUUGUUUGGAUCAUGCGCAAAGAACGUGUCUGGAUGGUCCAAACCGAGCAGCAGUAUAUUUGCAUCCACCAGUGUCUACUCGCGGUUUUGGAGGGUCAGGACACUACUGGCCCUCCUCGGGAGAUUCACGACAACGCUGGGUUUGAAGAAAAAAAUCGAAGCUCUCUGGAUAAUUCGGUGAACCAAGAUGAGAAGGAAAGGUGA